GGGAGGGGAGAGCCGGCGAGCGAGCGCCCUCCCUCGGCCCACCUCCUUUCCCUCCAAAGCUCGCCCUCGGCGUCGCGCCAGAGCCGUCCUCCCGCCUGCCCUCGUUAGGGGGCGCUCGCCGUCCUCUCGGCUUGCCGGCAAAGGCCGCAAAAGGCGGAAGGCCGCGUCGACGGCGGUGGGGAAGCGUUGCUGUUGGGCUCCGUCCGCGCCGCCAGCGGCCUCCCUUCGCCGCCCUUUCUUCUCGCCGUGCCCAACGAAGGGAAUUGCCUCAUGGCCGAGGAAGAAGGCGGAGGCGGCGGCGGCAGCGGCUCGGGCUCGUCUCCUGCGGCGGAGGCCAGUCCCGGUGCCGGCGGCGGAGCUGGAGCGGCCGGAGGAGAAGGCGGAGCCGGAGGAGCCGGCUAUGACAGCAAGUGCAUUUUCUGCCGGAUCAGCCACGGGGAGGAGGCGGGCACCGAGCUGCUGCCUUGCGAGCAUGAAGACUUGGUGUGCUUUAGAGAUAUCAGACCUGGAGCUCCACAUCAUUAUUUGGUGGUGCCAAAAAAACAUAUGGGAAACUGCAAGACUCUGAAGAGUGAGCAUAUACCAUUAGUGGAAAGAAUGAUGGCAGCUGGAAAGACUGUCCUUCAGCGGAAUAAAUUUACUGACUUGAACGAUAUAAGGAUGGGUUUUCACUGGCCUCCAUUCUGCUCAAUUGCCCACUUGCAUCUUCAUGUCCUGGCUCCAGCUAGUCAGUUGGGAUUCUUAUCCCGAAUGGUGUACAGAUUCAAUUCCUACUGGUUUAUCACUGCUGAACAACUGAUAGACCGGCUCAGGGCAGACAGUGCUACCAGCUGAAAUGCACUUUCAUGUGUCUUUGUUUCUGACCUCUGAACACCUAUUGUAGGGUUGGAUAUAACUGACAACAUGACAAAAUUUUGAGAACUGGUUCUGAAUCUGCUGCUACACAAUGGUUAAACUUAUGACAAUUGUACACUAUAUCUCGGAGGCAAAUAUUGGGAGUGCAAGAGCACUUCUCAGAGCUUCCCCAUCUGCUGAUCUCAAAAUCAAAAGUACUGAACUUUUUGUAAGAACAAGUAAUAACUAAUCCUGUGAAAGACUGUGUGAUUAAAUAUAUGCAUAAUAAUAAGGUUUUGUGCCUUUGACGCCUUACUUAGACAUUGCAGAGCUAGUGUUAGCUCUGGUGUCUUGGUGCUAAAUCACAUCACUUAAAUGUACCUGACUUUACAUAAAACAAGAACAGUUAAGCCAUUCUGAUUUAAACUGGUACUACUAAUGUGGUAUUGUGCUAGAUGAAGAUAAAGUUAUCUGAUUUGGGGCUGUAUUUAAAUGUAAAUAAUUAAAAGCAUUAUCUUAGGAUAGGUAGGUGAAUUAAAGUAGAAUAUAAAAUGUACAAAGUAUUGGAGGCUUACACUUGAACUAAAGAGUCACCUAUACAUUGACUUUGACCACUUGGGAACAUGAAGCAUUAGAGUGAUUAGAAUUAGAAGCAUUAGAGCAUUAGAAUGUCAGUUUGGCAGUGUCUACACUCAGACAUCAGGAAUGUCAAAACUGGAGAUGCUUUACUGCUUGGCAUGAACGUCUAUAACACAUUUUGUUUGGAUGGACUAACUGUCCAUCUUUUUUCAUAAAUAUUCUAUGCAGACAUCUGAAGUUCAAUCAGAUCUCAUAACACAGACGACUUGAAUGUGCACUCAUUAAAUUGUAUGUUCUCACCUGCUGUAUUGCCAGUGAGAUCGUUUUACAUAAUAUAUAUUGGUGUUGAGAAUAUGAAACAAUAAUCAUUUAUGUUUCUUCAGUUUUAGAAUGUUCAUGUUUAUGCAUUGGAGACUUGGCUUGUGUUUACAUUGAUACUUAGACCUAAUUCUAACUGCUGUUGGUAAAAGUGAUGAAGCAGGCCUGAGGAUUAUCUUUUUACCCACACAGAUAUUAAAGUAAAUAUGUGUGAAAAUUCUGUGUAUGGUGUCUUAUGUAAGGAAAUGUGUUUGGUGUGUAUGUAAGAAAACUAUGAAAUGUACCUUGGAAACAGUAACUGCUAACUUAAUACUGCUAUGAGAAGAACCCUAAUAAAAAAAUUAUCUACCUUGAA